GCGAACAUGGCUCCGCUUCUCUUCCGGGUUGUGCUUUCUCUGCAGGAGCUCUGAGCCGAGCGUUUGCGGGGCUGAAGCUUAGUCUCUUAGUCUCUUUCUCUCUCUGUGUGCGUGUCCGUGGUGGGGGUUUUGAGGCGAAAGGCCUUUCUGCCGCCCAAGUUCGCGGUCUCCUGCAAGGGAACUAGCGGGCGGGUGCCGCGGCUCUUGAUGCCCGGGCGAAAUGGAAACUUCUGAAGUAGGAAAGAAGCGGGUCCUCCCAGCAUGGAUGACACAGAGCACAGCUGAGCCUGCGCGAAAGUGGGCAGAAGUGAGGAGAAAAAGAAGGAAAAAAGUUUGGCCAAGGACUGAAACUGUCUAUUGUAUGAAUGAAGCAGAGCUGGUAGAUGCAGCUCUUUGCAUUCUGGCUGGGAAAUGCAAGGGCAGGGAAGUGGGGGUCACAUCAUCUGAGGAUGAAGCCCAAGCGCCCCAGCAAGUACUGCCAGAUCCUCCGUGGACUUCAGUGAGUGGAAGUGAUGGCGCAGGAGCCCAGAGCCCUGGGACAGGAUCCAAGACUCCAAACAAGUUGGAAGCUUCGGCCUACAAUGAAAAAACUAAAUCAGAUGACGAUGACGCUUUAAAAUAUGUCAGGGAGAUUUUCUUUACGUAAUUUCCAAGCUUAACACAUUUCUCUGGCAAUUAAGGGUGUUCUGAGACAUGAGGGCCAUCUUGGGGCUACAGCACGAUGUCAUAACCAUAUAUCUUUCCAGGUUCUCUGAGCAUGCUGCUUAUUUGGAUUUUAAUAACUGAACUGUAUUACUAAAGAGUAAGGACAACAGAUGUUUCUUACAUGCAGUCUUGCUUGUGUUGCAUUGUGAGAAAGAGCUGUAAGUUUUUGCUCAAGGUCCCAUCUCAAGCUGCCCCGCUUCAAGCCAGAGUCUGUGUUGCAGCCAAACGCUCAGCGUGUCGCUCUCCAGCUCCUCAGUGUACAGCAUCUCUCUGACAAUCUUGGGGCUCCCCUGGCCCCGUUUCCCCACCUGCCCUGCUCCCAGCUCCACUUAUCCUACUAGGCCCUUCUGCCUUCAUUCUAGGCAUGCCAGACCCCAGCCUCAAAAGCAGGCUGUUCCUUGAAGGGCUCUGGAGUGGAAGGAAAUCCAACAGUUAUGGCUUUCAUCCUGUUGCAGAAAGCAAUUUCUCCCCAGCGUGAUAAUUAUUUUAAAAUUAUAAGUUUCUCAUGUGAUUUGGCAACUUAAUUUUUUUUUUUUUUUAAUAGUUUUUUAUUAAAGUAUAAGUAGUGGUACAUCCAACACCCGUGAUCCCCAUAAACCCACCAUACUGCACAUUAAAAUGAUCCUUAAAGCUUAACAAAAAUCUAUAUAUAUCAAUUAUGAUUACAAUCAAAUUAUCUUGUAUGUUCUUAUACAUUCUUAUCGAUCCAAUCAUAAACAUUUGACCACAUAGCUGAAAAUACAGAGUUUUUCCUUCCGUGGAGUUUUUGUGUUAGAUUGUCCAUUUCUAUCACCUCAAUUGCUUUGUUUAUAAAAUCUAGUCUAUCCGGAAUUUCAUCUCUUUUCCAGUAACUGGCUAAUACGAUUCUAGCUGCUGCUAACAAAUUUGUCAGGACGUGUUUAUCUUUUUUUUCCCAACUCUCGGGUAGAAUAUUUAAUAAAAAUAUUUCAGGGUCCAGUGUUAUUUGCAACUUUGUUGCCUGGGUGAUCACCUGAUGUACCUCUUUCCAGUAUUUCUUUACCGCAUCGCAGGACCACCAAACAUGGAAAAACGACCCAAUUUGUGCUUUACAUUUCCAGCAUUUAUUGUUACUACCGGGGUAAAAUUUGGCCAAUCUAGCAGGGGUUAAGUACCAGCGAUGACAGAUCUUAAACAGGUUUUCUUUUAGUGAUACCGCCUUUAGUUGUCUCAUAUUUUUCCAUAUCCCAUCCCAUUUUCGUGGGUCAAUUAUUUUCCCUAUAUUAUUAUUCCAUUUUGUCAGGGGUGUUUUCUUAUUUUUAUCUUGUGGUCUAUUUUCUAAUAGAAAGGCGUAUA